AUGGAAAUCUCCACCGGAGAGAUUUCCCCUUGCCUUCCAGACGAAUCAAAUGCUUCAACCGGUGAAAAUGCUAAAAAGAAACCUAUUUUUGAUAAGUAUUUAACACGUCUAUCUUACACAAAACGUGGAAAAUUAGCAUUAUUGAUUUUAGCAGUUUUGUGUUUAGUGUUAUUUAUUGUUGUAGCCGCUUUGGCGGGAGCCUGGCCCAGGUGGCCUAGGUUCAUCGGAAAUACCUGCGACAAACCAUCCUGCCUGAUCGCCAGUGCCCAGAUGUUGCAAUCGGCCGAGUUGUCAUCAGGAGUUUGCCAGGAUCCUUGGAUUUGGGCAUGUGGUGGUUGGCAGGAUAAUAACAUCGCUAAAACGAUAUGGAGUUAUAAAGAUGAACUUGAUUAUAAAGAAACGGUUCGUGUGAGAGCCCUCAUCGGCUCCUUGCCAGCAGGUCUUCCAGGGAGUUCCGAAUGGAUUUUGACCGAACUCUACAACUCCUGCGCCGCCACUGACAACAUCGAAGCCGAAUUGGAUUUACCGCUUAAAAAAAUUAUUCGAGAUCUCGAGGAAACUCGCCAAAUAGGUUGGCAACCACUGCAUUAA